AACAUUUUUAUUCGUCAAAAUAAAAUACAAAAAUGAAAGAAAACAAAGUAACAUCAAUCUUAAGCGUGCUUUUGUUUGCAGUUUCUGCAAUAACGAUAUGGAGUUUAAUUAGAGGAAAAAGAAAUAUUUUUCAGACAAACAACAUUGCUGCUAUCUUCAAUGACAAUGCUAAAGCAAGUUCUGAGACAUAUUUAGCCAAAAAUUUAAUAAACUCAACGCUAAAUAUGGAAAAACAAAACAAAACAAUUGACAAUAAUAAUACCCUGUUUGUUCACGUAAACAACACAUUGUUUAAAAACAACCAAUACUUAUUUUCUCAUUAUUAUGAAGUGCCUACAUUAUCUUCAGAUGAGACAAAGACAAACAAAAGUAAAAUAUUGAAUAUUUUAUCCUCUCCAGACAAUAUUGUUAAUGCGUUAACAUGUGAGCUAAAAAGUUGUUCAUCAGCUAAUAAAUUAUUUUAUGAUAUGACCAAUGUAAUAUCUGGUAUCCUAAAAAUACCUACUGUAACACAAUUAAAGUGUAAAAUGGGAAAAUUGACCGCAGCCGAAGAAAACAGCAAACCAUUACCUGAUGACUAUUGUUUAUAUGCAACAUCCGAGUCCUUUUUAUCACUACCUAAUUGGCCUGUUAUUGGAAAAUUAGAGAUUCGCGUUGCAAUGAAAAUUUAUCUUACUAUACUUAACGAAAUUCAGUCAUCCCUUCUUCUUAUGUCGACAAAUGAGUCUCUAAUAAAAACACGAAUAAAUUACUUUCAAGAGAUUUUAGCUGUAAAAAAUAAUUUAAGCAAUUUUAUUAAAAAAAUGAUCUACGUGUCAACGGAGCUGUCUUCUUGCGCAUGUUCUUCUCUUGACGACUUUAAAAAGUAUUUGAAAGUUUAUACGCAGGGAUAUCAACAAUUGAUAUCAAAGUUUAGUCAUUCUAAGAGUGCGUUUGUAACAUUAAAGCAGUUAGAAAAUACGUAUAGGUCGAUCGAAAGUGAAUUUUGGAGAAGAAAACAAGAUUUUAUAUUGGCAUGUUAAAUUAUUUAAGUUUUUACGCAAAAUUUAUUUAUUAUAUUUAUGCUAUAAAUUUAAAGCA